UGUUGGCACUGAUUGUACACUGUUUUCCUUAUUGGUCAGGAUGUUGACCCUGACUGGUAAAAAGAUUGGCUCUAAUUGGUGAGAAUGUUGACCCUGAUUGGUCCACCUGAAUGUUGGUCCUGAUUGCUUAAAAGUCUAGAGUGUUGACCCUGAGUAAUCUAAAUAUGAUCUGCUAUAAGGCUGUCUGUGACUGACCCAGAGCAGAUUAGGCAUGCAGUAUAAGUUGCCAUGGUGAUGUACCCAGGAAAGAAGUGAUCCAUCAGCAUGAAACAGAAAAUCAGAAUACCAAAAUUUGUUUAACGUUUGCUGGACCUGCUGGAACGUGCGCUGAGGUGUAUGCAGGCGAGUCGCCGGCUGCUGGUGGUCCUGAGCAGCGAGUGUGUGUGUGAGAAGAGUGUGAGCCUGCUGGAGUGCCGGCUGUGUGUGUACCUGCACCACAUGCUCCGCACGCCUCUGAUCAUGGUGCGGAGGUGUGCCCUUGGUGCCCCCUGCAGCGAGCUAGCAGAACUGCGGCGGAGCUCAACCUGCAUCCGAUGGCACGGUGCACGCUCGGAGCAGCCCGGUUCACGCUUCUGGAAGCUUCUGAGGUUGGCGCUGCCUGUCCGGCCACUGGCAUUGGGCCGACGGCUCAUCGACAGCACGUCGUCGCACUCGGACCUGGCAUCGGCCGCACUCAGACACACACAUGCGCUCACACAUGCACAGCUGGGGGUUUAUGGAGGAGCACAGUGCCUGAAAGGUCACCAAAGUCAGGGACAGAGGGGGCGGGGCUGCGAGAAAAGGGGACGGGGCUGUGCUGUCUGUGUGAACUUUCAGGAGAGCCGACGCAUUUGGGGUGGAGUUGCUGUGCCCCACUGGAACACACACCUGCAGCAGAGCAUCACGGCCAACGGGACUGUCACACACACUACACACACGGCACUAAGUGUGAUGCCUGACUCAGCAGACAACCAGGACGGUGAAACCAGAGCAACACAGGGGUCAUGUGACCACACCAACAAUAACGGCACUCACAGCCAAAGCUGUGAGAUACAAACAACACACUGCUGA